AACAAUUAAUGUAUUUACAUAGGUGCAGCUGUACCCCCGCCCUCUACAUACAUAUGUAUGUAAAUUCUGAGCCACUCGAUAGCUAAGUAAUCGCAUAGCUAUCGAUAUCGUUGUUGUCGGCGCAAUAAGGUAAUCCAAUCAGUAGCUAGCAACAGUAAAUUCAUGCAAGCCAGCGGAAGCACAGCGAAUUCGAGUCCUAGAUGGCGUCUUUCGGCGAGCCUCAUCAUAGUGACGCCCGAAGCAGCAGCUGGCGAGGAUUACAAUGUGCUCAUGUUAAAGCGUACUGAUGCGAUAGCCGUGGCUACUAACCAAACGGUUUUUCCGGGCGGAUUGCUGGAAGUGGAGGCGGAUGAGAGCGUUGCCUGGCUUCAGUACUUCGAGGAGUUUGGUGUUUUGCAAGCGUCGCUGCGUGGUCUGGUACUGAUCAGCGAACAAAGGCCAACCAUAUUAGCUCCACAGGGUACAGGUUGCUAUGAUCGUUUCUUUAAACGUUCUAAAAUUUGGGCGCGGGAGAUAACUCUGCGCUUGGCGGCUUUGCGUGAGUGUUUUGAGGAAGUGGGAGUACUGCUGUGUCGCAAUCGAGCUCAGGUUCAUCAAACGGCUGCAGUUGCUCAGGCAGCACAGUUGGAUGCAGAUUCUCUGAAGACCUGGCAAGCUCGCGUGCACAGCAACCCCAGUGAUUUUUUGGCCCUAUGUCGACAUUUAGAAGUAGUUCCCGAUUUAUGGGCGCUGCACGAAUGGUCCGCCUGGGCGAGUCCCGCGUUUGUUAAGAACGGUUAUGAGACUGUUUUCUAUAUGGUCUUCCUGCAAUCACAGCCAAGCCUGCUCAUAGAACCCACCGAGGUGAAGGAGGGUCUAUGGCGCUCACCUCUUGAACUACUACGUUUGCAUCAGAAUCAGGAACUGUUUUUUUUGCCGCCUCAAAUCUAUGAGCUCGGUCGCCUGUACUCCAUCAACGAUUUCCAGAAGCUAUGUCACUUUGCCUCGCAGCGCGGUCAACUGGGCUGCACAAUGUUUAUGCCAGUGGGUUACGUAUGCAGCGAUGGCAUGGUAUUUGCGCUGCCAGGCGACGACUUAUAUGUGCCUGAACCACAUUUGGUCACCAAGCCCAUUGAGUUUUCUGGAACUGUUGCCGAGCUGAAUGCCCGCUCCAAAUAUUUGCAUCGUUACGAGUCUACGACAGCAACUGAUUUUCAAAUACAUAUCAAUAUUCCAACUUUGAAUGGGCAUUUGGUUCCUAAGCAACUGCCAAAUGAAAAGUGCAAGCUAUAGGCCAUCAAGUUUAAGCUAAAAAUGAGCAUUUCAUUUUAGUUUUUGUUAAGCUAAAUAUCAAUAUCAUCUAAAGUAUGUAUUUAAAUAAAAAAAUGUAAAUAAUAAUGUAAAUGUAUGGGCAAACCAUAUACACUGUAAAUAUAAAUAUAAAUGUAUAUAAAGUAUGGAUGUUUAAAGUCCUCGCCAUUUAUUGUCCAAUGGUGUUUCGAUAUAAAAAACAAGUAAGAAGACUCUAGUCGAGACUGUCCGACUAGGAGAUACCCUGAAAAC